AUGGCCUCCAAAUGCAUAGACAAUGGUGUAAAGAACGAAACCGACGUCCUCUCCGUCGAGAAGGUGACGAGUUACACCAACCUCCACAAGUGGCCGAUGGCAGAGGUGGAGUUUGUUCAGUCAAUCAGACACGGCAAUAGCCAGCAUCAUACCAUGGUGCUGAACAACAUUUCUUGUAGGCAAAUGUACCUCAGAAGCUACACUUUCACUAGAAAAGAAAAUGAAGGCGAAGGUGGUCGAGGUGGCGGUAAGACCGGUGACCAGUGGAACAGAGGAGAGAAAAAGAAGUCUGCAGAGACAACGAAGAAAGAUUUUCAUGACAGCAUUAUUCAGAAAUACAGGAAAUACACCGGUGGAACAGAGUCUAAGCACUGA